AUGGCUGACUCCGAUCUGCACCCCCCCUCAAUCGAGGUGAGAAACCUGUCUUUCAAGUUUCCCGAUGGAUCGUCAGGCUUGACGGAUAUCAAUCUGAACGUGCCGUCCGGCAGUCGUACUCUACUCAUCGGAGCCAACGGUGCCGGCAAGACCACACUCCUACGCCUCCUGUCCGGGAAGCGUCUGGCCCCAACGGACACCAUUACCGUGGCCGGCAAAGACCCCUUCAAAGACGGUCUGGAAGGCGUCACUUAUCUCGGCAUGGAAUGGGUCCUGAACAACAUUGUCCGGACCGACAUCGACGUGCCCACUCUACUGGCAUCUGUUGGCGGCAACGCCUACCCAGAGCGUCGGGACGAGCUGGUCGAGAUACUCGACAUCGAUCUCCGGUGGCGCAUGCACGCCGUGUCGGAUGGAGAGCGUCGCCGCGUGCAGCUGGCGAUGGGCUUGCUCCGUCCCUGGCGGGUUCUCCUGCUUGACGAGAUCACCGUCGAUCUGGACCUGCUCUCCCGGGCCAAUUUCCUGGGGUUCUUGAAGCGCGAAACAGAGUCCAGACCCUGCUCCAUCGUGUACGCCACGCACAUUCUGGACAAUCUGUCCCUGUGGCCCACGCAUCUGGUCCACAUGCAUCUAGGCACCGUCCGCCAAUGGGGUCCUAUCGAGACGUUCCGCGACGAGGUCAAAGAGUCGUCCCAGAAUAGUCAGCUUGGCGAGCUGGUGCUCAAAUGGCUCACGGAGGAUCUUCGACACAGAGGUCCCCGGAAUGGAUAUCAGGGCCAGGCCAAAACCUACCCGUCACUAGAUGGCUUGGGUGGCUAUGGGCUUGAAAAGCGACCAUGA